ACAACUCCUUGUAUUAUUUUAAACUUUGCACAUGACCCCAACUUUAAAAUCUCAAGCCAAAAAAGCCUAUUCGACCCGACCCGUAUGUCACGAAUUCCGACCCAUAAAUUAACGUUUCACAAACUAAAGUCUUUAAACCCUUCGCUCCUCUGUUACUCGACCGUCCGUCGAGAGCCACCGCGCUCUUCCAAAAUUUUCAAACAUUUGGCCGCCUUCCGCCGUCGGAAUGAGUAGUUGGAGAAGUCUGGUGCUUCGAAUCGGAGAGAAAUGCGCGGAGUACGGAGGAAACGCCGACUACAAAGACCAACUCGAGACUUGUUUUGGCGUGGUUCGCCGUGAAUUAUUGCAUUCCGGUGAAGAUAUUUUAUCUUUCCUUCUCCAGUGUGCUGAACAGCUGCCUCACAAGAUACCUUUGUAUGGAACGCUGGUUGGUUUAUUAAAUCUGGAAGAUGAAGAUUUUGUGAGGAGAAUUGUAGAGAAUACGCACGAUAAUUUGCAGGUUGCUUUAGAUACUGGAGAUAAUAACAGAGUCCGCAUACUUAUGCGCUUUCUGACUGUCUUGAUGUGCAGCAAAGUUCUUCAAGCAAGUUCCUUAAUAGUCCUAUUCGAAACACUGCUGUCAUCAGCAGCAACAACUGUGGAUGAGGAUAAGGGAAAUCCCUCUUGGCAAGCUUGCGCUGACUUUUAUAUUACUUCUAUUUUGUCAUGUCUCCCUUGGGGUGGAGCAGAACUUGUCGAGCAAAUUCCUGAGGAGAUUGAUAGGGUUAUGGUGGGAAUACAAGCCUACAUGAGUAUCAGAAGACAUGUUUCUGACGCUGGCUGCUCACCGUUCGAGUUUAUUGAUGAUACAAGUCAGACUGAUGGUGGGAAAGAUUUCGUGGAGGAUUUAUGGAGCCGGAUUCAAGAUCUUUCCGACAAGGGCUGGAAGUUGGACAGUGUUCCUAGACCACACCUUUCAUUUGAACCGCAGCUAGUUGCUGGGAAGUCUCACGAUAUUGGUCCCUUAAACUGCCCUGAGCUUCCUGAUCCUCCUGCAUCAUUUACGGGGAUUGCGUAUGGGAAGCAAAAGCAUGAAGCUGAAUUAAAAUAUCCUCAUCGCAUUAGGAGACUUAACAUAUUUCCUGCUAGUAAGACGGAGGAUGUGCAGCCUAUAGAUCGGUUUGUUGUGGAAGAGUAUUUGUUGGACGUGCUUUUUUUCUUGAAUGGAUGUCGAAAGGAAUGUGCUGCAUCCAUGGUUGGCCUGCCCGUUUCCUUUCGAUAUGAGUACCUUAUGGCUGAGACAAUAUUCUCUCAGAUUCUCUUAUUGCCCGAACCUCCUUUCAAGCCCAUCUAUUAUACGUUGGUCAUUAUGGACCUCUGCAAGGCUCUUCCAGGUGCCUUUCCAGCAGUUGUAGCGGGGGCUGUUCGUUCUCUUUUCGAUAAAAUUGCUGAUUUAGAUAUGGAGUGCCGAACACGUCUUAUCCUUUGGUUUUCACACCAUUUAUCAAAUUUCCAGUUCAUUUGGCCUUGGGAAGAAUGGGCUUAUGUCUUGGACCUUCCAAAAUGGGCCCCACAGCGAGUGUUUGUUCAGGAGGUUUUGGAAAGGGAAGUACGCUUAUCAUAUUGGGAGAAAAUUAAGCAGAGCAUUGAGAGUGCCCCUGCUUUAGAAGAGUUGCUUCCACCAAAAGGGACCACAAAUUUCAGAUACAGUGCAGAAGAUGAAGAUCAAACCGAGCACGGUCUCUCCUCGGAACUCAAUGUCAUGGUCAAAGAACGCGUGACGUCCCGUGAUAUUAUUUCAUGGAUUGAAGAUCAGGUUCUUCCGUCUCAUGGGUUGGAGGUCACACUCAGAGUGGUUGUUCAGACACUUCUCAAUAUUGGUUCAAAAAGUUUCACUCAUUUGAUAACCGUUUUGGAGAGGUAUGGCCAAGUCAUUGCAAGGAUUUGUUCGGACCAGGACAAACAAGUUAUGCUGAUUUCCGAAGUGAGUUCUUUCUGGAAGAACAGUGCUCAAAUGACGGCGCUAUCCAUUGACAGAAUGAUGGGGUACCGCCUUAUAUCUAACGUUGAUGUCAGAUGGGUUUUCGUAUCAUCAAAUGUUGACCAAUUUCAUGUUUCUGAUCGCCCAUGGGAGGUCCUGAGAAAUGCUGUUUCCAAGACAUUCAGUCGUAUCACUGAUCUGAGAAAAGAGAUAGCAUCCCUAAAGAAGAGUGUUCAAUCAGUUACAGAAGCUGCAUCCAAAGCCCAGGCUGAGCUAGAUGAUGCUAAGUCGAAGCCUACUCUUGCUCUUGUGGACGGUGAACCGGUUCUUGCUGAAAAUCCCGUGAAAAUGAAGCGCUUGAAUUCAAAGGUUGAAAAAACAAAAGAGGAAGAGGUCUCUACACGCGAUUCUUUAGAAGCAAAAGAGGCUCUUUUUGCACGAGCCGUCGAUGAAAUUGAGGCAUUAUUCCUCUUCUUGUACAAAAGCUUCUCUAAUGUAUUAGCUGCACCACUUCAAGAAACGGAAGGAUCUUUGCACCUGUCCGGUAAGGCAGAUGAAAUGGCAAUUGACCCUGAAGAUACAUCGACAAUGGAGUUGGACAAAGAGGGUGAAAUUUCCGAAAAAAGUCACUCCAAUGGCGGCAAGACGACAAAAGGUUAUAACGUUGGUGAAAAGGAGCAGUGGUGUUUAUCAACCCUGGGUUAUGUCAAGGCCUUAACACGGCAGUAUGCUUCAGAAAUUUGGCCGCUUGUCGAGAAAUUAGAUGCCGAGGUAUUAACAGAGGAUGUUCAUGUCCUUUUAAGGAAAGCUGUAUACUCUGGCCUGGGCAGACCUACUGACUUUUAGCUGUUUCCUUUUUGUUUGUCGUGUAAGUUAUCUGCACAUGAUCUGUGCGCGCGUGUGAUGAAAAAACGUACACUCCAAAGAGAUCUUUAGAACAUUUUCAAGGUUGUAGUUUGGAUUUAGAUUAGAUGUUCCGAUGCAAGAUUAAUCUUCCGUUGACCGACUUGUUUGUAAUGACUGUAACGAGGGUUUACAUAUAUCAGAUUCUACUCUUAAUUUAUUCUUGUGCAGAUUCUGUGA